UUUCAAUUGAGAAGGGAAAACGUAAGGAUAAAAUUGGAAAUUUUUAGUGCACUAAAAGUAGAGAGUAUGUUAGAAUUCGCAAGAGUAUGUCCGAAUAAAUUUUUUCCAAUGGUUCACCUCUAUUCGAUGCACUCCCAUUAAUCUUCUUGAUCGUAUAGAGUUGGCUUGAAAAUAGAAAAUCCUUAAUCAAACCGUGCGAGGAUCUAAAAACCGUGUGUAUAUAUUUAAAAAUUUGAAUUGGAUCUGAAACCGAAUCAAACCGAUAUACGGAGAACCGAAAUUCUGAUUAAAGAUACUUUUAGACCAGAGGAACACAAGUCCGGAGCUUGUUCUGUUCGACUUUUGUUGUACUUCCCUCGAUCUGAUUUUAUCGAUUACGAUAUUUCAUCUAUCAUCUGUAAAAAUAUGAAGCAUAUAGUAAAGAUAUUGAGCCUCUUGGUGGCAAUCUCUGCCUUCUGGAUUGGUCUUUUGCAGGCUGCAAUUGUUCCUCGCAGCUAUACAUGGUUGCUACCGAUCUACUUUGUAGUGUCUCUCGGAUGCUAUGAUCUAUUAAUGGUUGGUAUCGGCCUAAUGCAGUUUCCUACCUGUCCCCAAGAAGCAGUUCUUUUGCAGCAGGAUAUUGCAGAGGCCAAGGACUUCUUCAAGCACAAAGGGGUCGAUGUCGGAUCAGACUGAUACAAUGACCAAGCACUAGAAUAGUUAAUCUUUAUGGCAAGAGAUCUUACAUGUGUCUGUUUGAAUAGUUGAAUUAAACAGUGUUUUCUGACUUUACUUUGAGGUAAUGUGGCAAACGACAUUACGCAAAAAAGCAACAGCUAAUAAUAAUUUGUCUUUUUCUUC